AUGGCUUCCCCUUCAACUCGCCGCCUCCUGAAAGAAAGCAGCGACCUACACAAAAAUCCAAGCCCAUAUUUCACCGCUUCACCAACAAGCGACACAAACCUCCAUGACUGGCACUUCACCUUAGCAGGGCCACCGUCAUCACCCUACUCCCAAGGCCUAUACCACGGCCGCAUAACCUUCCCAGCAACAUACCCACUCCGCCCACCUUCGUUCCGCUUCCUCACACCCUCGGGCCGAUUCGAAGUCAACCGCGAGAUCUGUCUUAGUAUCUCGGGCCACCACGAAGAAACAUGGCAACCAGCCUGGGGUGUGCGCACCGCGCUAUUGGCAAUUCGCUCAGAGAUCUUCGGGUCUGAGAGCCAGGGACAAGUUGGCGGCAUGGAGGGAAGUGAGGAAGUUCGCAGGGAAUAUGCGAGGCUUUCGCUUGGUUGGACCUGUCGCGAGUGUGGGGUUGGCAACCUCGAGGGCAUGAAGGAGGUUUGGGACUCUUGUCGGGAACGUGGAGUCGAUGUCGAUCUUGAGAUCGCUGGUGGUAAAGCUGCCAUUCAGGAUGAGAUUGAGACUCGGGCACCUGCUCAGACUCAAGAUCACAGUGCCGUUCCUGGGAAUGCGAACCCCGGAUCAGCUCAGACGGAGGCUACGAGCCACGAGGACACUGCGCCUGCGGUUUCUGUUCAAGCCCCAUCUUCUCAAUCUCUGCAGACUCCUGCUCCAGCGCCGGUACCAGCGGUCAUUCCUCCACAGACAAUCCCUGUUCAACUGCCGAUAACUGAGUCUCCUUCUGAAAGCGUCUGGCUGGACCGGGCUAUCAUCGGUGUUGUUAUUGCUCUUGUCUUAUUGAUAUUGCGACGAGUGUCCAAUGUGGAUGAACUAUGA